ACUACCUCAAUCUGAGUGAUGACGGACCCACACUCGAGGUUUACAUCUGAUGGCAGUAUCACUGUUUCGGAUACGACUAAUACCAACUUGAUUUCCCCAGCCAUCUCCAUUUCUUCAGCGCCAGAUAGGCGUCGCACGGGCGCCAGUGCCACCGCCAGUAGCCCUGCACUCCCGCCUGGAGCAAGUUUUAAAGCUACUAAUCAUUACAGUACAGCAGCCCGUCCAGAAGUGUCGUCAACCAUCACUGACCGGAGCGCCGAGCCUGCUGACACCGCUAAUUCUUCCCCAGACACACGACCUGUCUUCCUUCACGACCAGGAUCAAGACUACCCGACCAUCACUGUACAUGAUCCUGACUUCCGACCCCUUGCUCCUUCUGAUAUCGAUGCAUCUGCUGCAACUAGCGAUACCCUAGGCUUCUCAGGCCUUGGAUCUCAGCUCUGGACCGCCCCUUCUCGGCGUACCCUUGACUUUGCACCUCAACCAAUAUAUGAACCGACAGGGGAGUUACUGCACGAACAUACUCAUACAUUUGAUGAAUUUGAUACACCCUCCCUUUCAGAAUUUACAACUGCACUCUCCACAUCGCCGGUUUAUCCGUCACAGCCGAUCACGACAGCGGUUGGAACAAGUAGGGCUCCCAAUGCUACUGGCGUGGUAGCAACUUUUAUUCAGCCAUCGCUUCCUCGAUCAGCUCUGAAGCGAAAAUCAAGCUCGAACACGACAACUCCGGUCGCCGAUAAGAAGGUCCGGGUUUCGUCUGAGCCGAUAGCUGCGUUGGGUGUUGACUCUGCUGUCACAAACCCUCAUUCUAUCAAUUUUGAGCGAAUGUCAGGCGUCGGCCUAACAUCACCUGAUGAAGGAUCUACCUCCUCAGAUCUUCCGACUGGUUCCCGGCAGAUCCUGACGACAGGUACUUCUUCCGGCCAACGGAGAGCACGGCAGUCAUCAGAGUCGACUGCGCGACCAUCUUUGAAUCCAUUGAACCCAUCCCAGACGUCAACUAGACAAAGGCAGAGUAGCAACCGACCACCCGCAGCUCAUCCACCUUCGAUCCUACCGCCGGAGAAAGUCUUUCCUAUCCAAAUAGGAUCAGAGCUAUUCAGGCUAUCUGGAGCAUCUAUUUCAUCGGAUGCACCGUCCUACUUCACACAGUUCUUCGAGGAACAGAUCAGGCAGAAUGAGGAGUCUGGAGGUGUUAGAACACUCUACAUCGAUCGAGAUCCUGCUACCUUUCGAGAUGUCGCGCGUCAUUUACAAGGUUACCAUGUCAAACCCGUGGACGGCACUCAUUUUGUAAAAUUGUUUGCAGACGCGCAGUUCUACAGCUUGCCACGUCUAAUCGAUCAAUUAUUCGAAUCCGAGAUCUACAUUCAGAUAGGAGAGCGACAUUUUCAAAUACCUAAAGACAUUUUCUCCGAACCAGGAAACUCACCCAACUUCUUCUCACUGGGGUUUGCGGUUUUCUUUUCAACUCCCGGAGAAGUCUUCCCUGGGCUCGAUAGGCGUGGCCUACUUCGACCACCAUCCAUCACACCCCCGUAUGUCCCAGGUCGGUCUGCCGAUAUCUUCGCGGAACUUCUGCAUCUUCUACGUGGCUAUCCACUCCACAUCAGAAACGAAGUCCACCGAGCCGAAUUACUGCGUGACUGUCGAUACUUCCACCUACGCGGCCUCGAACAGAAAAUCAUCGCCCACGAGAUCAGUUACAACUCGGAGAGACAAAAGCAGGAGAUAUGUUUGAGAUUGGAGGAUGUGAAACCAUCCGGGGUAUCAUACACCAGCGACGAUUCAUCCGGAGAGAAAACUGUUGGGGAAGGAUGGGUCUACUACGCCAGACCAUUUGUAGACGACACUUCUUACGAGAUGGUCGUCGAGGUGGGCAGUGAGAGCACUGUUCUCGAUUUGACCGACAUGAGGGCCGACUUUCACGGCCUCGCCAAAGCCAGAGUAUCUUCCUUGUUCCAGGUCGUGGCCAACAAGAUGAAUCUACCUACGAAUGCGCCGUUGGGGUUGAUGAUGCUGUCCGGGGGCCGUUCGUCACAGUCGGCCAGCCCGGGGCACACGCCACUCAGUGAAGACCGGGUCAAGGUCCGCUUCGAACCUGCAACGGACAUCACUUUGGAUGGAGAGCCGUACACGAUCGACUGGGACAGCGUAGCCGGACAGAUCAUGCAGCAUGGUCCGUCCGUUGCGCCUACCGAGUCCGAGUCCGAAUCAGACAUCAUGAGCGAAGGAGCGCCAUCGAACAAAGCAGCCGCCGCCACACAGCAGCGACGUCCCCAGACCCGACAAACUCAACCUGGUCCGACAGUUCAAGGGGCUGGUGGCACCAGAUCCCUACCGGUGCCACCCAUUCAGACAGGUCGAUUGGCCGAACCUUCGACCAAGAAGAGAAAAAGACAAAGCAGCCAAGGCGAUCUUGGAGAAUGGACGAUCAGGACGGGUCAGUGGCGCUUGCGAGUCCAACCUAGUCAGCAUGACACUAUAAGGGGAGGAUACGAGAUGGUUUUUGUCGGCGUAAAGAUUGAUGCCUACUCGACCGAAAGGGCACGUAACGCCAGACGUGCUUUUUUGAAUUGAACAGCCGGAGUAGUACUUGAGAGACUCGCACCACGCAACUUUACAGUCCUGCCCUCGCCACCAAUACCUUGCAAAGAGUAUCCCAACAUUGAAAAUUGGAACGUGUCGACUACGCAGAGAAGAACUAAUUCCCCUCCGGUCCAUUCAAGCAUCGCAUGUCAUCCUCACAAUCACAUUGAGAAUAUUGGAUGGAUUGAUGGUCCAAAGUUAACGACGAAACGGCCUUGACUCGUCUAGAAAAUUGCAUGGCGAAUUUUCGAAAUGUUGCAUGCAAGCUUUGUGCUUCACGGUUCAGCGAUUUGUUUUUCUUCCGACCUUGUUCUUUUGGGGGACACGGCGCUACUGAAAACGAAUGGGCAUGUCAGGUGGUUUGGCUGCCAGUUUGUUCAAAUGGGAACAGUGAAACCCGAUGCUGAGGUUGUCCAACAUGCUGUAUUCGUCGGCCGUCAAUGUCAAUAUAUGUGCACGUCAAAAACCAUGCCGCCUUUGGAUAGUACAAGAAUUGGGUUUUUGACUCCAGAAGUAAAAAAAAAAAGACUCAAAUGGUGAUCCAA